UACAGAGACCAAUACCGUCCUUUUUUAACGGAGACAGUGAGUACAAGAUCGACUGUGACUCUGUGUGUGCCCAUCCCUGUCCCAGCCGUAAGCUUUCCUUCCUCGACUCUCGUAUCGCUUCAAUGGAAUCAAAAGCCUUGCUCUCUGUCCCAGAAUUAUGUCAGCUUCAAUACCCACCAAUCAAUUUCUCCACCAAGAGUAAAGUCAUUAUCUUUUAAGAGAUUAGAGUGUGCGAACAGUUCGGAGAAAUUAGGGAGUACUGGUUUUCACAAUGAAGGUUAUUUAAACUCUGGGAUUAAAAGGAAAAAGCUCGCAGUUUUUGUCUCUGGUGGAGGUUCAAAUUUUAAGUCAGUUCAUGAAGCUUGCAUUCAAGGAUCAGUCCAUGGUGAUGUUGUCGCUGUGGUCACUAAUAGGAAAGGUUGUGGAGGUGCAGAGUACGCAAGAAAUAAGGAAAUCCCUGUUGUUUUGUUUCCUAGGACCAAAGAUGAACCUGAUGGACUAUCCCCAAGGGACCUUGUUGCUGCUCUUAGGGAGUUUGAGGUUGACUUCAUUCUUCUAGCUGGGUAUCUCAAACUUAUACCAGCAGAAUUGGUCCAAGCUUAUCCAAAACGCAUAUUAAAUAUACAUCCAGCACUUCUUCCAGCCUUUGGAGGCAAAGGCUACUAUGGCAUGAAGGUGCAUAAAGCAGUCAUUGCUUCUGGAGCAAGAUACUCAGGGCCAACUAUCCAUUUUGUUGAUGAGCAUUAUGACACGGGACUUAUCAUUGCUCAAAGAGUUGUCCCCGUGCUUGCAAAUGACACUGCAGAGGAGCUAGCUGCAAGGGUUCUCCGAGAGGAGCAUCGGUUAUAUGUGGAAGUGACAGCGGCAUUAUGUGAGGAGCGCAUUAUUUGGAGGGAAGAUGGCGUCCCUCUCAUUAGAAGUAGGGAAAACCCCAACCAGUACAGCUAAGACUAGUCUUUGCUUUUUGGUUGUACCCUGCAGAAGGUGCAGCAUGCAUGCAAGUGUUCUAUAGAAGUAUUGUUGUUAUACAAGUUGCCAUUGAGAUCAAUAUCUAACCACCUCUUCAAAUCACAUAUUUACCUACACAGGACAUUUUGCAAUUGAUCAUAGAUAACAAGCUUACUCUUUCCUGAAGGUUUACAUAAUUAAUAAAAAUUUUACCCUUGGAGCUCCUACUAAGCGAUGAUGAAUGAAUUGUUUUCUCUGCCAAGUUAUGAUUUUUCACCAAAUGUGUGUUAAAAGACUACAUACUGAUUAUCGCAGGACGCCUAUAGUUUCAGUUUUAGAUGCGAUGGAAGCUGCUGGGAGUUGUUGCAGCCUUUUAAAAUUGACCUACAGAAUGCAGGUGAAGAACUUUUUGAGCUGGGGAACUUUUGAGUACAAGCUUAAUUUUGGCCAUUUGUUGAUUUUUCUUGUUUUCAUUAUUAUUUUCCCUUUAGGAUCAUUUGCAGGCUAAUUGAUAUAAUAUACUAAUGUACUGAAAUUGCUUUACAUAUAUUAGCAGAAUGUGGACGAGCUUUUUCGGUUUGAUUUUUCA